AUGAGGAAUCGGGAGAUGUAUAUCGAUUUCAGCGAGUCUCUGGAUGACAUCCCCGCAAUCCUCCAGCCUUCGAAACCAUUGAGCCAGGACGCCUCGCUGAGUACAGCAGAGCGGUCGAGCUUCAUCUCACUGCGCUAUCGCCUGCUGAGCACAUACUAUUUUUCAAAGCUUAUGAUUAUCCACGAGUGCAGAGUCCUAGGGUUCGCAUUAGUUGUAGGGCUUCGUGAUGACGAUGAUGUUCUUGCCAGCGAGGAGGUUAAUGUUGCUCGUGACUACAUAUAUACUCUCCAGAGUGUCGAGUUCCACGUUUUACAGGAGCUCGGAGAGCCUGGGAUCGAGCUUAUGCGAAGUGUGGGAAGCGUCCUGCUUGCAGUGUCACAGGGAUCGGACGGUAGGAACAAACAGCGUGCUGUUUCGCAGCUCAAUGUUCUUCUUGACAUUCUCGCUAGGUUAGACUCGCAGGCGUCGGAGAAGCUGACGGCUCAACUUUCCGUAGAUGCAGCAAUUGAGUUUAACACAUCGCCGCAUGACGUGGCAUCAGAAUAG